AUGAGGCGCUCAUACAUGGCAAAUGGUAGUAAUAACUACCAGUAUCAAGAUACUUCUCAGAUCUUGGAGGAUGAAAAUCAGAGAAUGGAAGAUGAACUGCAAGGAAAAGUCAAAGCUCUGAAGCAUUUGUCAAUUAAUAUAGGAGAGGAGGUUCGGGAACAGAAUAAAUAUCUAAGACAGAUGCUCAAGUCCAUAACAAAUGCAGGACAUUGGAAAAUAUGGCUUUAUAUGGCAUUGUUUGCCUUGUUUGUUUUCUUUAUGUGUUGGGUGAUUAUCAAGUUUAGAUAG